GUUAAUUUGCUUAAUUUAGAUAAUUUAUUGAAAAAAAGAAGAGUAAAAGCAACUCUUUCUAGAGUAAUAUAAACUAGUAAAGAAAGAUUGCUAGAUAAUUAUAGGAUUCAUAAAUUAAGUAACAUAGAAUAGUAGUUAAGUAUGUUGAACUCUGUAUAGUAACAAAAGAUUAUGUUCCAUCACAAAGUGAUGUUUGAAAAUCUAGAAUUGUAGAGGAAAUAAAGAGUUUUGAGAAUGCCUAUAAACGGGGUUCCUUUUCAUAAAGUAGUAGAAGAAUUCUGUAAUAAAUAAAUUGAUUUAAAGAGCGAUUAUGAUAGCGAAAUUAUUUCAAGGUUAUUAUAAUUGCAAAGUAAAUCAAGAAAAGAAAUUCAAGCACUUCAGAAGGCUUUCGGUUAAUUAAAAUUUUUCAUGGAGGCAUAAGAUUAUUUAGCAAAAAAAGAGUUUGAAGGACUUCUUCAGGAAAUAUAAUAUGAAAAAUUUGAUAAAUAUCAAACAGUUUUCGAAUUUGAUGAGCUUGGAUAUAAGUAUUAUAUAAUUUUAAAGGGUUCAGUGUUUGUUUAAAUUCCCAAUAAAAAUUAUAAGAAAUAUGAAGAAAAGUAGAGAUUAGUAAUCGACUUAAAAAAAGCUUCAUAGUUAUCUCUAAGUGCUUAAUAAAAUAGUAAAACUUCUUCGAGAAAAAACUCAUCUGAUUCUUCUUCAUCAUCAUCUAUAUCUCUUAACGAUACACCACCUUAACUAAAUUCUCCAUUAAAGCCUUUAUAGAGUUCCUAAGCUAUGAAGAAUUAAAAUACAAAAUCUUAAAUAAAUGACUUCAAAAACUAUUUUCAAUUCCAAGAUUAAGGAACAACAGCGACUAAAAAUAAAAACAUAGAGGAAAUUUAGAAAUAAAGUAAUCCAAAUGCUCGAAAAAGUGUUAUCCUUGCUAUAAACACAAUCAAGCAAGUUAAUAAAUUUGCUAGCAAAUUGAAGCAUGAAAAAGAAAAAAGCUAGUUUUCAACUCAGAAGUUGACAGCAAGGUCAUAGAACUAGAAAUUGAGUCCAAAAAGCAAGUAAAACCUAGAAGAUGAAGAGGCAUAAGCUUCUUAAACUCAAAUAGAAGUAGACCCCAAGGAGAGAAUUUCAACUAUGUAUCCAUAAUUCGAUAUAGUGAGAGAGCUUGGAGCUGGUGAUGCUUUUGGAGAAAUAGCCCUCAUGAAUAAUGCUAGAAGGACUGCUAGUAUUAUUUGCAAAGAGGAGACCACUUUUGCUGUGUUAUCGAAGCAGAGUUAUGAUAAGAUACUUUCAUAAUAUCACCAAGCAGAAUAAGAAAAAAAUAUAAGCUUUCUCAGGGAAUUAACAAUAUUCAACUAACUUGGUAAGAGUAAACUUGAUGCAUUAUACAGGCUCAUGGAAAAACAAGAAUUAAAAAGGAAUUAAAUAGUUUAUUCUGAAGGAGAUCCUGCUAAAUACGUUUAUUUUAUCAAAGAAGGAGAAAUUUAAGUCUCUCAAUAAUGUGUUCAGUAAAAUGAAAAAAAAAAUAAAGAUGAAGGUGACCCAGAAUAUUCUAAAAUGAUGAGUGACUAUAAUCUAAAGUGGAAAGGAUAACACCAAAAAGAGAGCUUGAAAAGAAUUAAAAUUGCUAUACUAGGCAAAAACAAUUAUUUUGGCCAAGAAGAAAUUAUUUCCAAUAUACCUAGGCUCUAUAGAGCAGAAGUUUUUUCAACUAAUGCAGUAUUGUAUUGUUUAUCUAAACAGAAAUUUUUAAGCACUGUUAAGAUGUUCAGCUAAUCAAUGGAGAUAAUGAGGCAAGAGCUUUCUAAGAGAGCAACUUGGAGAAUUAAUUAAUUAGAAAAAAAUCUGACUACGAAUAAAAAGAUAGAUCACGAAAUUUAAAAGGUUUAAAAUGAAAUAGUAAAACUUGAAUUUGCAAACCAAACUCUUAAAGAGAAGCACGAGGUUGCUACUUAAUUUAUAGCAUCAGAUAUAGAUGCAUUCUAAAAGGAGCAUUAAGAAUAAGAUUACAUAAAGCAUGGAAUAAUUAGGUCUGAAAAAGAUGUUAAUAAAAUAAAUGAAGACAUUUUAAAUUAACUAAAAAGCAGUAAAAAGAAGAAAAAAUAAAAGUAAAUUAUCGUUGAUCCUAAAGUGAAGCUAUUUAAGCUUACUUUAAAAAAUAAUUUAUUUUAAGAAGAAACUGAUAAAAUUAAUUAAAGAAUGAAAAAGAAAAUAAUGUCUCCCAGAGAUUUUAAAUCUUUUUUAUAGCUAUCAAGCUAAAAAAUGAUUAGCUUAAACUCUCCUCGUAAUAUCAGAGGAGAAAUGGUGAAGGAAAUAUUAAAUUGCUAUGACAUGAAAAGCAAUAACCAAUAAAUUCCGGAAUUUACAGAAGACCAAAAUUAAAUUUUCUCUAAAUUUAAUGUCAAUUCAUUUUAAAAUCUUCCUGUAGAUUAUGUUACACCUUUUAACAGUUCCAUAACAAAUUUAGAAUCAAAAAAUGAAGCUUUGAAAAAAUUUUAAAAUUUACUUUCAUCAAAUCUUAACAAAAGUAAUGAUUUCUCUGUUGAUAAAAGCUAAAAUAAAGCUAAAAAUUUAUUUACUUCUCAAAGGUUUUCUUUAGACUCUAAAUACAUUUUGUAUGAUGAAAACACUCCUCAAAGUAACAAAAGUAAUCUAUAGGAUCAUGCUAUUGAUAGCUAAAACCUUUUUAAUAAAAAAAAAUCUUCGUUUCAGAUAAAAAUCCAUGGAAGAUAAAGUGAAGAAAUUCAAAUAUUAGACCAAAAUAAUGAAAAGGAGAAUUUAACUAGAAUUAAACAAAAAAGAAUUUAAAGUGCACAUCCAAGAUUUGACAAUAACUCAACAAAAGAAUUUAAUCAUUAGAAGUAUGUAAUAUUUCCUUCUUCUAAUUUUUAAAACAAGCAAGAUACUUCAAAAAAUGUUCAGAGUAUGGUUAGUAUAACUAAUUUAAAUUCAGAGCGUAAAUUUUUAAGUAAUUUUAAAUCAAUCUAAGAAGAGGAAUUAGAUUCUCCUGUUCUUUUUUAUAAGCCACAAUAUAGCCAAAGCAACAUACAAGCAUAACUAUUGACAAAUCUUUAGUUAGGUAAAUUUGUUAAUAGUACUAUCUAUUAGGAUAAUACAAAUAAAAGCAACACUAACAACAUAAAUAAAAGUGGAAGCUGCAAUCAAUCUCCAACAACAAGAUAACCACCCUAAAUAAUUUAAGACUAACAAAAUAAUAAAAAAGAAGAGCAUAUGAAAUUAUCUUUGAAUACUGCUCAAAAUGAUUAGCAAUAACACAAAAAAAAUACCCAAGUUCCUAAUAAGUCUAAAUCAAUAUGUUCCUCAGAAUUUUAAUAAAAGAAUCUUCAAAAUAAAUAACAAUAAUUAUAACAACAACAAUUUCAGCUCCAAAAAAGUAAAUAACAAACAAAAAAAAUAACCUAUUUAAAAGCAAAUAAGACUUUCUCAGUUAUAAAUCAAAACUUAGACCAAAAACUUAAAUCAUUUUUUGAUACUAGGAAAAUAGUUCAAACGAAUAAUCCUUCAAAAAUAUAAGAAUGUCCUGAUAAAUCAGUAAACAUAAAUUAAAGUAAUCAGAUCUAUAAUAAAAAUGUAAAUAACUAGGAUUAAAAUUAAUAAAAGUAAGCUCAAGAUUAAGGAAAAGAUAACUCAGAUAACUAAAAUUAGAUAAUUUAGAAUUAAAUAUAAUAAAAUUCAGAUAAAAAUUAAGAUGAUUUUUAGUAAGCAAGAUCAAACUUAAGCAUAGUUUUAACGAAAGAACCAUAAAUAAAAUAAAAUGCAUAUUUAAACUUAUAAACAUCAAAGAAUUCAUCAGAAAAUAUUUUAAAAUUUAAUUUGGAUGACACAUAAAUAAUAUCUAAAAGAAAAAGGCCUUAAAGUAGUCUUAUAGGUUCUACUCUGACUCAAUCAACAAUUAACCUCAAAAACAUGUUACAAUCUCCUGAUAGAGUUAGUAGAAAAGAUUUGGCCAUUUCUCAUUUAUGCUCACCAAUUAGUGGGACUGAUUUUAAACCAAGUUUUGAAUACUUUUCAAAUAAUUCAAAUUUUAAUAAGUAAUUCAGAGUGAGCUAUUUAAACACCCCUAUGAAUAUUUAACAAUAAAACCAAAGUAUUUAGCAGCCAAAUGAAUUUAAAUACGAAAUAAAUAAUUAAAAUAUGAUGAAUAAUAGGUAAAAUUAAAUACAUAGUUCUACAUAGAUUAAUUAAAAUACUGUUUCUUUGUAAGAUUUGCCAUUUUUUCCAUCAAGUCGCAGCUAAGUUACUUCACCAAAUCAUUAAUAAUUUACUAUACUUCGCCCUAAAUCAAGUAAGAUCAAUUAACAAAGCAAAAUAAAUGAUUCUUAAUCUAAAAAUAUUCAUAUGGACAAGCUUAGAUUUUUGAAAAAAGAUAUAGAAAUCAAAGACCCUUUUAAAAAUAACUCAAAAUAAUUUAAAAAACUUAUGUCUGCUUCAACUAGAAAUUUUGUUUUACAGUAAACACCAAAAUCAUAACCUUAAAUUCCAGUUUAAUUUGCUAAAGCUGAGUGA